AUGGCGUUGCCACACGCGGGCGUGUCACGGCUCCAGUGUGGCAAAAAGGGAAAAAAAUCCCGCAAGAUUCGGAGGCUGGAUAUUUAUAACCACCUCCCGGCGGAUUUGUACAGCGCCCAGUACAGAAUAGUCCCCGGCCACGUCGAAUCGGGGAAGAUAAAAAUCGAAUCGAGGAAAAAUCUUGAGUUAUUCUUGAGUUACGGGGGUACGAUUGUUCAACAUGGGCGAUACCAUCAACACCUCAACACCCUUUUUGGACCUUCGAGAAUUUUCAGAGGUGUUAUACCCAGACCCGCGGCUGGGUUAUAG